UCCAUGAGAAAAAUGCCCAUCGUUUAUAUCUGAUCGAUUUUCACUCCAUCUGCAUGGAUGCAUGAUGGAAUGAAUCAACAUCAACGAUUCAACAUCAAGGGCACUGAUAUCUGGACCAUGUGGAUUAAAGAUGCUUAAUUACGAAUCAUAUCACAAACUAACCUGAUCCGUUUCGAGAAUACAACUGUAUAAACCGCAGCACUCGAAUCCUCCAACCACACCCCGCUACGUGGCUUGGCAGUUAAUCGUUGAAAUCCAAAGCCUGGUCUUUUCGUGAAGCGUUGCAACCGCUCUCUGUCGAUGAUAUAAGGAUAAUUGAAUAAGCAAAACUUUCCAUCAUUCUUCUCUUCUUUAUACGCCGAGUUUCUCGGACCCUGAAACCAAUUUCUCCUCUUUCACUGCUCGCUGGGCAAAAAAUGGCUCGGACUGUGCUAGCCGCUCGUUUUGAACAAUCCGUCACUGCUAAUGCUCUCCGAUCAUAUCUUGCGGAGUUCAUCUCCACAUUCUUCUUUGUUUUUUCAGUUCUGGGAUCUGCGACGUCAUCUCGUGAGCAUUUUCAUAGUCCAUGUUCCAUUGUUCCUAUAUAUAGUCUUAGUCAAGAGUCUUCCGGCCGGUGUCGUUCCCGUUCUGUAAAAUAUAGUCUUAUGAAUAUUUUCAGUGGCCUACAGUUUUCUGGUUGCUUAUAGUGAUCAACGCAUGCAUACAAUGGAGGAUAAGGACCAUGUUACAAACUUAAUUUAGGAUAUAUGUUUUCUUAAAAUAGGUCUCUUGUUCUUCAUUUUCUGUAGCGUAUCUGUUAAUUUAUUUUGCUUCCUUUGUUGGAUGUUGAAUUGUGGGCAGGAAAAUUGAUGCCCGAUGCUGCUUCGGAUCCAUCCGGUCUGGUGGUGGUUGCCAUCGCCAAUGCCUUGGCCUUGUCAUCUGUUGUGUAUAUCGCAGCCAACAUCUCAGGCGGGCACGUGAAUCCGGCCGUCACCUUUGGAAUGGCGGUCGGAGGCCAUAUCAGUGUCCCGACCGCUCUGUUUUACUGGGUUUCUCAGAUGCUGGCCUCCGUUAUGGCUAGCCUCCUCUUGAAGAUGACUCUUGUUGGAAUGCAUGUUCCAACCUACACCAUUGCAGAAGAAAUGACAGGGUUUGGAGCAUCACUGUUGGAAGGUGUCCUGACAUUUGCUUUAGCGUACACUGUUUAUGCUGCUGGGGAUGUUAGGCGUGGUGCACAGGGAGCCAUUGGACCUUUAGCAAUAGGGUUCAUGGCAGGAGCCAGUGUCUUGGUUGCAGGGCCCUUUUCCGGUGGAUCUAUAAAUCCGGCUUGCGCCUUUGGAUCUGCCGUCACGGCCGGCAGUUUCAAGAACCAGGCAGUUUACUGGAUAGGACCAUUGAUCGGUGCAACAGUUGCAGGCCUUAUCUAUGAUAAUGUAGUGUUCCCAAAUGACCAAGAGACGGAUUCUAUUGGGGGAAUCCCAGAUGGAGUUGUGUAGUUUUCUUUUGUUUUUAUCAUAUUUACUGAAUUAUUAAUUCUUUCCUUUUUUUUUUCUUUGCCGUUGUAGUCAGUUUCUUGACCAA